GCUUUUUCCACAGACUAUAAGUGCAGCCACCUUCUGCCUGCUCACCUCCACAGAACUUCCUGAAACCAGCCAGAGACGAUCUCUGACUUGGGGACCAUCAUGGCACAGAACAGAAACAUUUCAUUUGAGUUUAAGGACAUUAUCUCUACAAGUGAUUUAGUUCAUUCAGGACCUCCUGAGGUCUUCCUGCUGAAAACAAAGAAGGAGAAGAUUGGACCUCUGACCACAGUAACUGUUGGUGAAAGAGAUGAGACCAAAUCAAAUAAAACCAUCUUGCUUGUUGGUGAAGCAGGAGCCGGAAAAUCUAAUCUAGUCAACGCUCUGUUCAACUACGCUGUGGGAGUAAAGUUUGAAGAUAAAACCUGGUUUCAGAUUGUUGAGGAGAAGGAGGACAGAAGUCAGACAUCAGAUGUGAUCUUGUAUCAGAUCUUUGGUUUUGAAGAUCAAACUCUGCCGUACUCUCUGACCAUCAUCGAUACUCCUGGAUAUGGAGACGCACAAUCGCUCAAUUAUAACUCCAAGAUCAACCAACAACUACUGGAGUUAUUCCAAUCAGAUGAUGGAAUUCAUGAAGUUCAUGCAGUAGGUCUGGUCAUGAAGGAGGGUGAGAAACUAGUCAGUGACCGACUGAAGAACAUCCAUGAUUUCAUUUUGUCUCAAUUUGGAAAAGAUAUGGAGAAAAACAUUGUAGUUCUCAUGACAAACUCAAACGGAAAACCACCUAAAAAUGUUCUUCAAGCUCUUGAAGCUGCAAACAUUAAAUGUGCCAAAAAUGAGAAGAAUCAAACUGUUUGCUUCCAGUUUGAUAACUGCCAGCAUGAAGAGCAAACAGAGGAAUCAGAUGUAUUUAUAGGAAAUGCUUGGAGAGUAACAGAAAGAGGAAUGAAGCAGUUCUCAGCCUUUCUGGAACAAUCUUCUCCUCACCAGCAGAAGGUCAUGUCGGUAACACAGAAAGAACGGGUCAGACUGAAGGCCUGCAUCCAGAACCUGCAGGACAGAAUCAAGUUCACAGAGUUAAAACUGAGAGAUGUUAAACUGACUCAAGAAGCUCUUAGUAAACACAAGAAGAAAAUUGGUCAGAAGAUUAAUGUAGAAAUUCCUGAGACCUACAAAGACAAAGAGCCUCUUUCAGGUGUGACGUCUGGUUUUGAAACACAUGUCUACUGCCCUGUCUGUGAGGAGAACUGUCACUAUCCUGGAUGCACAAAGGCUUUAAAUCCUCAACAGUGUGAAGUGAUGAUAAAUGGAAAAUGUACUUCAUGUACCAACAAGUGUCCUGCAUCAGAUCAUUUGAAACAAAACUGUCGAUUUGUGAUCAGGACCCAGAAGGAUCAGAAAACUAAAGAAGCAUUAAAACAAAAAUAUGAAGAAAAGGCAGGAGAGAAGAAGCUGGAGCUUUCAGAAAGACUUGAAAAUCAGAAACUAGAACUGACAGAAAAGACGAGACGAUUAAUAUAUGAAGCAUAUGAGCUUUUUAUUAAACUGUACGAGUUACCUAAGAAUGAUGAUUCGAAUGAUGACUCAGUGUCCACUUGUGUCAUCCUGGACUUCCUUAUCAAGAAGAUGAAGGGACAAGGGGAUGAAGAAAAGCUGAAAGAACUGGAGGAAAUAUUCAGCCAAAUGGACCAGGGAACCAGAACAGCACCACAAUACAGGACGAGAAUUAUUUCAUCUAAUCAAGAGGCUUUGAUCUCAGAAAGUGUUAAAAUCCAUCCAGGACCUCCUUCUGUCUACCAGUUGAUACCAAAGAAAGAGAUGAUUGGAACUCUGACCAGAGUGACGGUUGGUGAGAAAGAUGAGAACAAGAUCAAUAAAACUAUCCUACUAGUUGGUGAAACGGGGACAGGAAAGUCCACUCUGAUUAACGCUCUGUUCAACUACGCUGUGGGCGUGAAGUUUGAGGAUGAAGUUUGGUUUCAGAUCGUAGAAGAGAAGGAGAAACAAACUCAAAGUCAGACAUCAGAUGUGAUCGUUUAUCAGAUCUUUGGUUUUGAAGGUCAAACUCUGCCGUACUCUCUGACCAUCAUAGAUACGCCUGGAUAUGGAAGCACCAGAGGUCCUAAAGAAGAUAACUCUGUCAGUAGAAGAUUGUUUGACUUGUUUCGAUCAGAGGAUGGAGUUCAUGAGAUCAAUGCAGUGGGUCUGGUGAUGAAGGCGAGUGAAAACCGACUGAUGUAUGUCUUUGAUUCGGUGAUGUCUCUGUUUGGAAAAGACCUGGAGAGAAACAUCAUAGCUCUCAUCACACACUCUGAUGGAAGAACACCUGAAAAUGUUCUUCGAGCUCUGAAAGAUGCAGAAAUUCAAUGUUCCAGAGAUGAGAUGAAUCAGCCUACUCACUUCAUGUUUAACAACCAAGAGAACACACAGAGAUACACAACAGAAACGGAUAAAUCUGGUUCAAAGUACUUCUGGGACUUUACAAAUGCAGACAUGGAUCGUCUCAGAGACUUCCUAGCAAAAACCAAACCUCAGCCACUGAUAACAACUGUGGAGGUUCUGAAUGAACGGAUCAGACUGACGGCCUGCAUCCAGAACCUGCAGCAGAGAAUCAAGCUGACCGAACUGAAGCAAGCAGAUAUCAAACAGAUUAAAGAAGUGUAUAAUAAACAUAAAGAAGAGAUGGAGAAGAACAAGGAGUUCACUAUAGAGGUUGAUGAGCCCUACAAAGACAAAGAACCAUUCCAAGGUGGAAGAUGGGGGUUGGUGUUUUUAGAGGGAGCCAUCACUUGUUCUGUCUGUGAGGAGAACUGUCACUAUCCUGGAUGCACAAUGGCCUGGAAACCAGGACACUGUGAGGUCAUGAAGAGCGGUUGCUGCACAGUUUGUACCAAGAAGUGUCCUGCAUCAUCUCAUGUUAAAGAAAACUGGAGAUAUGAGAUAAAAACCAGAAAGAUUCAGAAGACCCUGGAGGACGUGAAGGUGAAAUAUGAUGAAAAUAAAGCAAAAUGUGAGACCAAGUCGAGUCUUUUGGAAAACCUUGAAAAGGAAACCAUUAAACUGACAACAGAGCGAUUGAUGCAGCUGGAUGAGGCCUACAGUCAUGUUAUCAGACUGGAGCAGAUCGCCAUGAAUGUUAACUCAGGAUCCACUAUGGUACAUCUGGACUUCCUGAUUGACAAGAUGAAGGAAAAAGGGGACAUAGAAAAGGUCCAAGUAUUAGAGGAGCUGAAGAUCAGGAUGGAUGAAGACGAGAGAUGAACACAAUGGCAGAAAGUCAAGAAAAUGUUUAAUGAAUUACACGAGUAUGGUGUUUUAGGUUAAUUUCUCCAUCUGAGCUGAACAUGAUGUAUGAAUCAUAACCAGUCAGAAGUCAGAGAGUAUAUCACAAAAUAAAACAUUGUAAAUAUUUACAACCAUAAACCACAAAUUACCAGAUGUGAGAUAUUAUUCAGAAUAUUUCAGGUAUAUAGAUUUAGAUAUAGUCAUUUUUGAGCAAUUUAUUGAAAACUGUGAAUCACAAAGUUUUCAAAUAUCUUUUCUCUUGUUGAUGUUCAAAUGUUUUUUUAUACCAAACCUGAAUGCAGCAUCUGGCCUUAUCAGGCAAAACAUGGUAAUAAUUCAAUUCAAUUCAGUUUAUUUAUAUAGUGCCAAUUCACAACACAUGUCGUCUCAAGGCUCCUCACAACAGUCAGGUUCAUAUAUUCCAAUUCCAGUGUGAGCGGCCAUCUGCCACG